CUCCGAUCGUUAAUAAAAGACUAGAUCUAAACAGUUUAAAGUUGUUCAAUCGUUUCAUCGGUGCAUCCAAGCAAAGAAGUUGAGGUAGGAUUGAAGCAUUAAUUCGUUAAAACAGUUGUUUACAAAGCGCUCUGGAGGCACAACAGCUAAAGUGAAUACUACAGAUCACCGACCAUGAAGGAAGUGGCAGAAUAUCGAGACCGUUAGUCAACGAAAACUUCGAUCUCAUCUGUCCAUUCGAAAAGGAAAAGGACAAGAUGCCUCAGACAAUCCAGGACAGAGAGAACAUCCUCAUUGCCGGAGAUUUCAACGCCGACUGCUCGUAUAUGAACGAAGCUCGGUUCAAGAACUCCGCUCUUGUCAAAGACCAUCGCUUCACUUUCCUCAUCGACACGAAUGUCGACACCACGGCCAGCGACAACACCAACUGCGCCUACGACAGGUUUGUGGUGGCCGGAAGUCAGCUGACAGCAGCCGUGGUGCCGGGCAGUGCUCGGGUCAUCAAUCUCCCCAAAGCCCUACACCUGACCACCGUUGAGGCUCAGGCGGUCAGCGAUCACUACCCCAUCGAGGUGAAAAUACAUUAGAAGAUUUAACUCCUCCAUUCAAGCUUCGCAGUGCCAUAUGUGACAAUAAACGCGAUCCCGAAGAGUGUGUAACAUGAUUCGUCAAGUUGCGACAACCAGGAGAAACCACCCGAAGCUCCAGCGCCGUCUGACAUUAAAGUGUUUUUCAUUUC